CGUUUGUGAUUGCAACGAACAUUUGAGCUGUAUAAGCGGAUGACUAUUUGUUUACAUUUUCAACAAAAACCUCUUAAUUUUAAUCAAAUCGAAUAAAAUUGUGUUUUUUUUAUCCAUCGAAAUUCGGUGAAUCAAUUGACAAAAUGAAUAAUCAAGAUAUAGAAUCACGUUUACAGAGCCUAAUCGAAUCAGAUAAAGUGGUCAGCAAAAGGCUGGCAUUGAAAGAGAAGCGUUUAUUUAAAAAGUUAAACUUUUUAGGAAAUACAACUGAUGCAAUCAAUCAAAUGAAACAUGAGAAAAAUAUCGAACUAAUGACGACUGACAAAUUGCUGAACGAACACCGAAAAGUGCUAUCAUCAUUGCGAGAAACACAAACAACACUUCGAUGCCAAAUUCAUCGUUUGCGAAAGAAAGUGACAGAUAUGAGACAUCAUACAAAUAAAAGUGAAUCAAUAACACCCGACGACCGAUACGUUUACACGAAAAAUGCAUUCAAAAAAAGUUUACUCGGCGAAUGCACCAAGAUUCGAUUCAAUGAGAUUAAAAAGCAUAAUCGGACUACAUUAGUGGGUUAUGUAGCGACUGCGGAUAAAUUGCAUCCAUUUGAGGAAAAAAUUUCAACCGAAUCAAAGCCAGCCGACGUAUCAUCAAUACUUUGGAACAAUAUCAAAUUGAGCAGUAGUCAUCUGAACGAUUGGGACGAUUUAUUCUUUAAUGAUGAUGGUUUACGUGCAAAUACAACGUUUUAGACUAUUGACCAACAAAGAGACCAAUCAACCAAUUUCUGUUUAUAUGUGUGUCCACCAUCCAUUUUAUGUAUUAUUAUGUCAUUUGUGUGAAUCGAACAAGCAACGAUUUAGUUAAACAACAAUCAUGAACGUAUUUAAGUAAAAAUAAAAUAUUAUAUAGAUAUUUUCUGGAAAUGUAUCUCAUUAAAUGCAAAUCCAUUUGUGAAGAAAACACGAAA